UUAUAAAUCCAUUGUCCGGCGCGAGCUCAUAAGGGACCAGUCGGCUCCUCGUGCUCUCAUCGCAGCCUCUCUUCGCUCUCAUAUCAGAAAAAAAACUCUCGCUUCCAUAAUGAGGGAAAUUGUGCACAUCCAGGCCGGCCAGUGCGGCAACCAGAUCGGUGCCAAGUUCUGGGAAGUGAUCAGUGAUGAGCACGGCAUUGAUCCCACAGGCACUUACCACGGAGACAGCGACCUGCAGCUGGACAGGAUCAGCGUCUACUACAAUGAGGCUUCAGGAGGUAAAUAUGUGCCGAGAGCCAUUCUCGUGGAUCUGGAGCCUGGGACUAUGGACUCUGUGAGGUCUGGACCCUUUGGACAGAUCUUCAGACCUGACAAUUUUGUGUUUGGUCAAAGCGGUGCUGGAAACAACUGGGCCAAAGGUCACUACACAGAAGGAGCUGAGUUGGUGGACUCGGUUCUAGAUGUGGUCCGCAAAGAGUCCGAGAGCUGCGACUGCCUGCAGGGCUUCCAGCUCACCCACUCUCUAGGUGGGGGAACGGGAUCUGGGAUGGGAACCCUGCUUAUCAGCAAGAUCCGUGAGGAAUACCCCGAUCGGAUCAUGAACACCUUCAGCGUGGUGCCUUCCCCCAAGGUGUCAGACACAGUGGUUGAGCCGUACAACGCUACCCUAUCGGUCCACCAGCUGGUAGAGAACACAGAUGAGACCUACUGCAUUGACAACGAGGCCCUGUACGACAUCUGCUUCCGCACCCUGAAGCUGACCACACCCACCUACGGUGACCUUAACCAUCUGGUGUCCGCCACCAUGAGCGGCGUCACCACCUGCCUGCGAUUCCCUGGCCAGCUCAACGCCGAUCUCCGCAAACUGGCUGUCAACAUGGUGCCUUUCCCCCGCCUGCACUUCUUCAUGCCCGGUUUCGCGCCCCUCACCAGCCGGGGCAGCCAGCAGUACCGCGCCCUGACGGUGCCAGAGCUCACCCAGCAGGUGUUCGACGCCAAGAACAUGAUGGCCGCGUGCGACCCGCGCCACGGACGCUACCUGACGGUGGCCGCCGUCUUCCGCGGGCGCAUGUCCAUGAAGGAGGUGGACGAGCAGAUGCUGAACGUGCAGAACAAGAACAGCAGUUACUUUGUCGAGUGGAUCCCCAACAACGUGAAGACCGCCGUCUGUGACAUCCCACCCCGUGGCCUCAAGAUGGCCGUCACCUUUAUCGGCAACAGCACGGCCAUCCAGGAAUUAUUCAAGCGCAUCUCCGAGCAGUUUACUGCCAUGUUCCGGCGCAAGGCCUUCUUGCACUGGUACACGGGCGAGGGUAUGGAUGAGAUGGAGUUCACCGAGGCGGAGAGCAACAUGAACGACCUGGUGUCCGAGUACCAGCAGUACCAGGACGCCACUGCUGAGGAGGAGGGUGAGUUUGAGGAGGAGGCCGAAGAGGACGCUUGAAGAUGCGAAGUCAAGAAGUCCUUACCAAAAUGAAACUAUCGAAGGAGCAAACCACAAGUUAUCAACACCCUCACUUAGACUCAAUAGCAUUACUAGGAAAACCUAACCGUCUUCAUACUUUAGGUUGCAGUAGAAAUUCCCUGUCAUUCAGUACCAAUAAAGUUCUCAAACUAAG